AUGUCUCAAAUUGAGGAUCCUGAACCUCCUUCCGAUCCCGAACAGCGCUCCGUCAUCGACAAAUUAGCCCAAUUCGUUGCUCGUAAUGGACCAGAUUUUGAGCACAUGACAAUGGAAAAGCAGCAAGGCAAUCCUCAAUUUGCCUUCCUCUUUGGCGGGGAGCAUUCCGAUUACUAUAAACAUAGAGUUGAUGAACUGAAAAAGGUCGUGCAACAGCAACCACCACCUCCUCAAAUGAUGUCACAGCAUCAGUCUUUUCAUCCCGAUCCAAUGGGUUCUCAUUGGGGAGGUCCGCCAUACAGUCGAAAUUGGGAGGAAGGUGGAGAAGGUUGGAAUAACACUCCAUGGCCGCCACCACUACCACCUCCUCAAGGUAACUGGGGGCCUAAUUGGGGACCUCAAAAUGGUCCCCCACCCCCUUGGUGUCAUGGUCCUUAUCCUCCGAAUUUCUACCCCCCUCCCCCACCUCCACCACAGCAGACACCUCCAUUGACAGAGGAAGACGUGAAGAGGAGUGAGGUGAAUCUCAAAGCCCAGUACGACAAGAUAAUCGGGGAGGAGAAACCCCAAGCUGUUCGUCAGUGUCUAGACAAAGCUCGCAUGGAUGCAUUCAUUAAUACAGCAGCUACCCUCUCUGUCAACCCAGAAGAAUUUUCUGGUGCAAUUCAACCGCUAAUCGAACUGUGUACUAAGGAGAAUAUCGCCAAGGGAAAGAACUGGGCUGUAGAACUGAUGUCUCGUGGUGAAGCUUAUGCUAAUCUCGUUGCGGAUUAUCUUCUUCUUCGUGCCCAAAACAUGGAUACCAGCUUUGAGACACGUCUUCACAUCGUGUACCUUAUUAAUGACCUUCUUCACUUCCUCAAGCGCCAUUCUGAUGUCGCUCAUUUCCAGUCAGCACUGUAUCGGAUCGUUGUACCGGUCUACUCGUUGGCUCUUGAGAUGGCAGAUGAAGAGAAGAAGGUUAAAUUGAUUAGGGUACUCAGUUUAUGGGAAACCAAUGCCUACCUCCCCGAUGACGUAUUGAAAAGUAUGAAAGAGGAGGCAAUUCGCGAGGCUUUUAUGAAGGAAUGGAAAGCGGAACAAGAUAAGAUGCAUGCAGAGAAGAUUGCCGAAGUGGAGGCCGAACAUGUAACUCGUUAUGAGGCGUUAAAAAAGCAGCAUGAUGACUUCGCUGAACACGUACACAAGACGUUGGCGGCAGCAGCCGAGUUGGAACAUUCGGAAGGUGGGCCUCCACCUUUUCCCGAUUUUUCUCGAUAUGGACCACCCCCGCCACCCCCGCAGGGCUUUGGUGGUGGUGGUGGUGGUGGAGGUGGUGUUGGCAGUGGUUGGGGUGGCGGAGGUGGAAAUUUCGAUCCUCCACCUUGCUGGCACGGACCUCCACCCUUCAUGACAGGACCGCCACCAAUGCCUGGACGUGGUGGCGAUCGGUGGGGACGUGGGAGAGGUGGAGACAUGCCUCCCUAUCACCCUGACGAUGAGUUUUACGAUACUAGAAGGGGAGGUCCGCCUCCUCCACUCAUGCCGUACCGUGGUGGGCCUUCUAGAGAUCGCUAUCGACGUGAUGGACGGUUUGACGAACCCUAUUACAACCACCACCAUCAUCAGGACGAUCGUUCCUACCGUGGCGGUAUGCAACAUCGACGUCGUUAUGAGGAGAAUGAAGAGGAAUUGCAUCAUUCUGGAGGUGUGGAAAAUCAGGCGUUGGAGGAGGAGGUGGAGCAACAGCAACAGGCUAGUCCGCCAUCUGAAGAGGACCUAAUUCCAAAAGCCCCUUUUUGGCAACUGCCUGCAGGACUCAUGCACCCGUUGAUAGGGCCAAAAGACUUUGAUUUUACCCCAUUGGACCCCGCAAAGCUUCGUCUUCUUCCACCGGAACCGCCUUCGGAACAGUUGAUGCUCGCGUUGGAUGCGUAUUAUGUUCAACCUUCGCACGACCGCCCACGCGAUCCAGAAGGCUGGGAGCGGCUCGGAUUGUUCGAAUUCUACCGGGCUAAAGAAGAGGCGAGAAACCGAAAGGAAAGUGAUGUCAGUGCGGCGGCAACAGAGGAGGAAGAAGAGAAAAGUGGCUCAGCUUCGCCAGCAGAUCGUCCAAAGAAUCGGGGUCUACCGCAACUGGCCUACCUUACCGCCUACCCCAAAUCUGCUAUCGGUCAGGCGAUUCGCACGGGUCCAGCAGCUUUAAUCGCCACGCCUCCACCUAAUUUGGGUAUGCCGAAGAUGAAUGCUCAGUUUGCAGCCGCUGCUGCUGUUGCUGCGGUUAAUUCCGGGGCUGGAAGUGGGGAUUUACCGGGAGGGGUUUUGAAAUACCCUCCACCGGGAGUGCCUCCGUCGACGCAGCAGAAUAGCGUUGGCCAGGUUCCACCACCUACUCAGUUAAUUUCAAGAGCUUCCAGAUUCACUUCGGCUACCCGUCGACGCUCGAGAUCACGAUCUAGGUCGUAUUCAAGGUCUCGGUCUGGGUCUCGAUCUGAUUCACGCUCUUCUGGAUCGUCAUCUCGGUCGCGAUCUCGAUCCCGCUCUUCUCAAUCGCGUAGUCGUUCACCUCCCUCUGACCGUCGUUAUCGGGAUCGAUCGAGGUCCCCUAGAAGUGCCGAUGGGUCAAUAACUACGGCAGGCUUCAUGCGUCGUAGUGGUGGCGGCGGUGGUGGUGAUCAGAGGAACAAUCGAAGAGGUGGGAUGGGAGGUAGCUAUCCCCCUCCACAGCAUCCUGCCCAAUGGGGUUACGAUCAUCCACUCCCUCCUCCGCCAAUGAUGUCACCAUUUGAUCGAAGGGGUGGUCCUCCUGGCCAGAUGUAUCCGGCUUACGGUGGCGGUGGUUACCGCGGCAACGGCUAUAGCGCCUCGUCGCCUCCUCCUCAUCCUCCGCCCCCUCAUUCACCCAUGGGAAACGGCCAACGCGGGGGUGGCUCCUAUUAUGGAAGUGGGGGUGGGAAUUCCUACGGCAACGCUAACAGACGCGGAGGAUACUACUCUGAAGAGGUGAUCGCUCCUAUAUUGACCGUAUUCGUGGGAGGUAAUCAUGAGGCGUCGAAUUAUCUACAGGAACUGCCUUAUGGAGGAUGGGUGGCGCCAAACAUCUGGUAUAUGGGCUACGCUGGAGUCGUGCAAUUCGCAGGUCUUCGAAUCGGUGGUUUUUCAGGCAUCUACAAAGUCCAUGACUAUUGCCUUGGUCACUUCGAACAUCCACCGUACAACGAGGCCACUAAGCGCUCCGUCUAUCAUCUUCGAAGCCUCGAAGUCUUUCGUCUCGGUCAAAUCUCCCGUCGUCUGGACAUCAUGCUGAGUCAUGACUGGCCACGAGGCAUCUAUCACUACGGUGACACACAGCGUCUAUUGAUGCGGAAACGUCAUUUCAGGGCUGAAGAUCCUCCAGAUCGACAGACAAAGUUCCUCGCUUUGGAUAAGUGCCUUCCAUCCCGAGACUACCUCCAGUUCCUGGACAUUGAACCGGAUCCUUCACCCGCUGCAUUCGAUACAGAAGGUAAUGUCGUAGGUGCAGAUGCAGAGCAUGGACCCAUAAUCGUCACCAACAUAGCAACAGAGGAGGAGGAGGAGGAAGAUGCAAAGAAAAAACUGUUUAUCGACCCGGAGUGGAUGUGUAUUCUGCAGUCUACGAAUCAGUUUCUGUCGCUCACACAGAUACCAUGUAUGUUGCCAGGACAGGAUGGCAAGCCAAUACGGUCAUAUUCUGCGACGGCAGACGAUCUAAAAUCCAUUUAUGAGACUUUCGGAGGCAUCUUUAGUCUGCCUCACAACUUUGAACGCACCGCUCCAAUCUACAAACCGGAAGACACGAGCUUAAGACGAAGAGACAAUCAAAAACUGGCGAAGUUAGCUGAAGUCGAUGCUCGGAAUCAAAAGCAGGCCUUUUUCUCGAAUCCUCAAACCGAGUUGUUGUGUGCCAUGUUGGAACUGACCAAUCCAAAUGCGGCACUGAUGGGAAAGGCGUCGUAUAACUUGUCUGAAAUGACAAGUCGUAUAAUGACAAAGGAUGAAGAUGACGGUGAUGGUGUUGUGAGUAGUGAUGAGGAUGGAUUUGGACCGAGUCCGUCAAAGUCGUCUCGAACGAUACCGAAUCCAGAGGAGAUAAAUCUGGACGAUGUAUACGAACACGAUCCAGGAUCGGUUGGAGGUGUGUACGGGAGUGAAACUUUAGAGGCACCGAUGAAUGACAAUGAGUACAAUCCGGAACCGGUUGUUAAAAAUCCCGAAGUGAUCGAUAUUGAUGGUUUAGACGAUGAGGAAGUCGAAGAAAACGAAGAACCGGAAGCAUAUGAACCACACUCUCUGACUGGUUGCAGAAUCGACCCCGGGGUUACUUACAAUCCUCAACCGAUGAAUUUAAAUGAGUCAAUUGUGGAGAGGAGCAAAACUAAGUAG